CGGUCUUUGCAAAACUGACCAAAAUAUUAUUUUUAUUUUUGGUUGUGGCGAACAAAAUUUGCGUUGAAUUUACCGGUGCGUUGUGGUUUUGUAUCAGGGGGCCCCAACAGCCAUGUUUAAAUAAAUGACCAAAGUGCGCAAAAUAUGAAAAAUGGAAGUGUUGCGGGCCGUUUUGAACACUAAUUUGGUGAAAAUUCCGGUGUGUUUGACCGUCCACAACCGCUCGUAUGCCAGGUUGGCGGAGGUCGGGCGUUUGGACGCCCCAAAAAUCACCGGGAAGUACGAGACGGGCCAGUUGAUCCUCCACCGGGUGUUUGGGUACCGUGGGGUGGUGCUGUUCCCGUGGCUGGCCCGUGUGUACGACCGCGAUUUGCCCCAGCACCGGUCGGGGGACGUGGAGCCCAACCCGGGGGUUGGCAAGGAGGUGCGGGGGCGCACGCACACCUUUUAUCAAGUUUUGAUCGAUCAGAGAGACUGUCCUUAUAUUAGAGCUCAAACCGAAGCUGUGACCUUCUUAGGUAAUCAGGACUCGUCCAGGAGCUUGUAUGCCAUCCCUGGACUGGAUUACGUGGCGCAUGAAGAUAUUAUUCCAUACACUAGUGCGGAAAAAUCGCCGCUGCAUCAUGAGCUGUUUGAUAAAUUCCUGGCUUAUGAUCCCGAUAAAGAUCCGCCGUUUGUGGCUCAGGAGACUCUCCGAGCCUGGCAAAACAAGAACCACCCUUGGCUAGAACUGUCCGAUGUCCAUAAAGAAACAACUGAAAAUAUUAGAGUGACUGUGAUUCCAUUUUAUAUGGGUUUUAGGGAAUCCCACUCCACCUCAGUCUAUUGGUGGAGGUAUUGUAUAAGAUUAGAAAAUUUAGGUUCUCUCAGUGUCCAGUUGCGUGAACGUCACUGGCGUAUUUUUUCCUUGUCUGGUACUUUGGAAACAGUACGUGGGCGUGGUGUAGUAGGCCAGGAACCAGCGCUUACUAGGACAUUACCAGCCUUUCAAUACAGUAGUCACGUCAGUCUCCAAGCGCCUAGCGGCCACAUGUGGGGGACUUUCAGGAUGGAGCGUGAGGAUGGGUACACUUUCGAUUGUCGAAUCCCGCCAUUUUCGCUCGAGAGCAAGCCGGACAUAACACCAGCAGCGCCCCCUGGAGCUCUAUAGUGUCAAAUAUAAAAUGAUUUCGUAAACGAAAAUGAGUGUUUAUUAUAAAGUGAAUAACAUGAUGUUUUGUGGCCUACUACAUCUGCGAAAACAAUACAAUUUAUAAAACUAAAUCACAUUGUAAAUAAAUGAGAAUUAUCGCUGAAAA